AUGAAGGACACGAGAACAGUAACAGAACUAAUAGCUCACUAUGAUGGCGAAUCAGAGGAAUGGUUACUAAAUUCGCUAGAGGAUGUGGCUUCUCAGCAGUCUACAGAGGACCUGUUUGCAAGACAGAUAGUAUACAUUAGGAAGACGAGGGAGAUGUCGCACUCGGUACCAAUUUCGGUCAAGAACUCAUUGAUUUCGAGAUUUGGUAUUGUUUACGAGAUUGCACCGGUGCUUUUGUAUUUCGCUGCUCUAGAUAUUGAGCAAUUGAACGAUGUUCGUUCGCAGUACGAGAUGCUAAUUAAGCUCGAGACAAGGGUGCUGAAAAGGGUCUCGGUGCCAACGGCUGCCGAGUGCCUGCUGUUGAAAUCAAAAUGCUGUUUGUAUUUGAAUGAAAUCACACGUGCUGAGGCGUUUUUGAACGAGAGCAUUUCGUUGAGUGAUGAUGAAACGCCGCUCGAGGCGUAUGACCUUCAAGCUGAUAUCUUUUUUGUCAAUUCAAAAGUCCAAGACUCGGCAAGGAUACGACUUCAGAUGUUUCAAACGAUGCAUGAACCAAUUUUUGACUCUGUCUUGUCCAAGACUGUACUGACGCUGGUAUUGCUGCCCCUUUCGCCCAUCAAGGCUGCCAUCAUGAAAGACUUCUAUGAAAGACAAAAAACGCAAAAUGGAUUGACAGACACAGAGAGAACAGUUUUGCGAGCUAUUGUUGAAGGAAGACUGAUUCCUGGUUCGAUAUUGGAAGCAUAUCUUGGCGAAGGGUUCCAGCGAGGACUUCCGCGGUACUAUCUGGCGACGGGAGCACCCACAACCGCGAUUAUACAACGUUUGCGCGAAUCCGUGUUUGAAGGGAACAUAUCGUGUGUGGCUUCCUCUUGCUUGAACAUAACUGUGAAGCAGUUGGCUGAAGUGUUGGGAGUGACACCCGAGAGACAGGCGUUUGUGGAGGAUUAUGUCUGUGGGAUGAUAUUGGAUAAGAAGCUGGAUGCUACUAUUGAUGGCAUAACUGGGAGAAUCCAUUUUAAUACUAGACGUAUUGACGCUGUUGCAAGCGAUAUUUCGCAUGUUACAGAGUUUUUUGCGAGAAAAAUGAAGAGUGAAAAUUGA